AGUCCACUUGACCUCGGACGCCGGAGAAUCCAUUUGCAGUUGUUAGCUAAGCUGCUGGAAGUUGAGUAAGAAGGAACAACAAAGGGACGACGCUCCCUCCUCGUCCUUGCCACAGCUACAGAAGCUCGGGCCUCGUACAUCCAACCGCCACCGGUUUUGUUUUCAACCACCAUUCGAGUUCAGAACAAUGUUUUCGUUGUCGACGUCGUUUCAGCCCCAGCAGAUGAUAGUGCCCCUGAGCCAGAUCAUCAAUGCCCUCCACUCUCUGAAGAACUCAGCCACAGCUUCAGUCCAGACUCUGCACAAAGACUUCACCCCAGAGAGCGGUUCCUCUUUCAAGGAGCCCACUGUGAGUCUAAGGGAGCUUGGUCUCUCAGACAUCGGGGUGAGUCAGCUCGAUGAGCUGGUCUGCAGGUUGCUGCCUCAACCUGGACCAGAAGAACCUCCUGCUGUUCCUUCAAUAUGGAGAACGAGUCAUGUUUCUACAGACAGCUUCUUUCACAACAAGCAUGGGGUUUCCCACGGGAGAUUGGGGGUGUUUGGCUCACCAAUAUUCCACAGACAAAACCACAGUCCUCUAAAAGAAGCUUGCUUUCAGCUACAAUUCUUGCCUAUCAGGGUGCAGAGUCGAGGUUUCAAGACCUUUAAAACAAAAGCUCGACGAAAGGAGUCCAGUUACGACGGUCCAGUGGAGUCUGAGACCUACACACCAGCUUUUAUGAAGGGUUUGCUCAUGAGGGAUAAAGGACCAGUGGUGCAAUCGCUGGACCAACUGGUUCAAGAAAAGAACCUUCCAGUAAACCAGCAGGAGGCUUUCAAGACAGGUUUCACAGAUGGGUUCAUGAGGUCCCAGGCAUACACACAGAGAACACAAGACUCGCUGAGGAGAACCAGACUGAUCCUGUUGGUCCUCCUACUUGUUGGUAUUUAUGGUCUGUCCAGGACCCCCUUUCUCUCGGGUAAAGGCUCCUUUUCUGAUGCUGUGAGGUUCCGCACCACAUCUGGUCUCGACUCAGCAGUCGACCCCGUCCAGAUGAAGAAUGUGACGUUCGAGCAUGUCAAAGGAGUCGAGGAGGCAAAGAACGAAUUACAAGAAGUUGUGGAGUUUCUCAAGCACCCACAGAAAUUCACUGUUCUGGGUGGAAAACUGCCCAAAGGGAUCCUCCUUGUUGGUCCUCCAGGUACUGGCAAGACUCUCUUAGCUCGAGCUGUAGCUGGAGAGGCUGACGUGCCUUUCUACUACGCCUCUGGAUCCGAGUUUGAUGAGAUGUUUGUGGGUGUUGGUGCGGGCCGCAUCAGAAACCUUUUCAAGGAGGCAAAAGCAAAUGCCCCCUGCGUCAUCUUCAUUGACGAGCUUGAUAGUGUUGGAGGGAAGAGGAUCGAGUCUCCUAUGCAUCCUUACUCCAGACAAACAAUCAACCAGCUGCUGGCUGAAAUGGAUGGGUUUAAACCCAAUGAAGGAGUCAUUGUUAUUGGGGCUACGAACUUUGCUGAGGCUCUGGAUAAUGCUCUGAUAAGGCCGGGGAGGUUCGACUUGCAGGUGACGGUCCCUCGUCCAGAUGUGAAAGGACGCACUGAAAUUCUCAACUGGUACCUGUCCAAGAUUAAAGUGGACGAUGUGAUGGAUGCGGAAAUCAUUGCCCGAGGCACGGUGGGAUUCUCCGGUGCGGAGCUCGAGAACCUGGUCAACCAGGCUGCCCUGAAGGCAGCAGUGGACGGGAAAGAGAUGGUCACAAUGAAGGAGCUGGAAUUUGCUAAGGACAAAAUCCUCAUGGGCCCUGAGAGGAAGAGCAUUCAUAUCGACAAGGCGAAUAAGACCAUCACUGCCUACCAUGAGUCCGGCCAUGCCAUCGUUGCUUAUUACACGAAAGAUGCGAUGCCCAUCAAUAAGGCCACGAUCAUGCCCCGGGGACCCACUCUCGGCCAUGUCUCGAUGCUCCCAGAGAACGACCGCUGGAGUGAAACCAGAGCGCAGCUGCUGGCUCAGAUGGACGUCAGUAUGGGUGGUCGAGUAGCAGAGGAGCUCAUUUUUGGAGACGACUACAUCACAACCGGAGCCUCCAGUGAUUUUGAUGGUGCAACUAAAAUAGCAAAAAUGAUGGUGACCAGGUUCGGCAUGAGUGACAAGCUCGGUGUCAUGACCUAUGGGGACGUAACCAAGCAGAGCCCCGAGACACAAGCUGCCAUCGAACAGGAAGUCAGAGUUUUACUGAAAGACUCGUAUGAACGCGCUAAAAACCUCCUGAAGACUUACAGCAAGGAGCACAAGGAGCUCGCCGAUGCCCUGCUAGCACACGAAACUCUGGAUGCCAAAGAUAUCAAGUUGGUGCUGGAGGGCAAAUCACUGGAGCACUAGAUACCUCAAUAGACAUUUUAGACUUGUAUCAUGUACAUAUGAAGCUGUGCAAUGGAGCACAGGCCUUUUGGAGGCCUUUGUAUUUCAUUUGUUUGUAUUCUUCUUAUUAUCAAUGUGAAGUUGACACUGAAAUGAUAUGUUGGCUCCCCUCAUGCAUUUUUUUCCCCAAUAAUUUCCUGUUGAGAGGACUUUUGAUUUUCACAGUGAUUUUUAAAACACCUCAGUCAAACUGGUUAAACAUGUUCUCCACACAUCAGCAAAGAUCUGAGGUUUCAUUAAGAGCUUGUACUCACUGUCGAUGCGAAUGACUUCUGUAGUAGUUUUAUACAUCAGAGUCAUAUUGGGACACAGAUCAUAGAUAAUUAAGAUAAAAAACAACUUUCCUGUGUGUGUCUGUCUCGUUUUAAAUCCGUACACACUGGUGAACACCAUGAGACCUUAAAGUACCUCAAGAUAGACUUCCAUUUAGUUAUAGACAGAUACAGCUGAUAAUUGCUCAUUGUUUAAUUCAUAUUUCUUUUCUCUAAAUGAUGUGCUUCAUUUGCAUUUAUUAUAUCUACUGUAUGUUCUUAUUUAUUUAAGUGCCCAAAGGUGUGUCCUCUUUUUCUGCAAGUAGUGAUAAGACAUCAUGUUGUAUUCUGAGCUCACCUGUGUAAAUGAGGGGAUAUGUAUAUAUACUGUGAGAGUGUACAUGGAUUGGCUUUGUGCUUCUGUUUGUUCCUUUAGACAAUGGCCUUCUAGAAGCUCAAAUAAAGAUUACUCUUACUUAAACAACC